AGUGACGGCGAAAUGACCUCGGCAAUCAGGCUCAUUUGUAGCAGCUGUUUUCUUAUUGCGAUUCGAAAGGAAACUUUCGACCGUCGUGUUCUUUAUCGUCUACGCGUGAAGUUAUGAAGCUUUGCAAAGCUAUCGUUUUUUAUUUGCAAUCUCUUUAAAAAGAUGCAGAAAGCUCUGAAGAAGUAUUUUGUCAACAUGGACGAGUAUCUAGCCAGCAUCGGUCUCUACCGGAAAAUGAUGGCAAGAGACGCGUCCUGUCUAUUUCGAGCCGUCUCUGAGCAGCUUUAUUACUCACAGAAUUUUCAACAAAAGAUAAGGAAAGAUUGUGUCACCUUCAUGAGGGCAAACCGAUGCGAUUUUGAACCUUUUGUUGAAGGGUCAUUCGAGAAGUAUCUGGAACGUCUGGAGGACCCCACGGAAACUGCUGGACAAGUUGAGAUAAAGGCAUUGUCGUUGUUGUACAGGCGGUGCUUCCUCAUAUACAGGUACCCUGGAAAGCCACCAACUGAGAUAACUGAGAAAGAGUACGUGGAGAAGAUUUUGCUGUGUUGCUCCAACAAUGGCCACUACGACAUUGUGUAUCCCAGGAACUACCCAAUCGAUGCAGCGCUGUGUCAGGCUCUGUUGUAUGAACUGCUGUACACGCAAGUCCUUGGUGUUGAGGAGGGGGAGUUGCAGGGAUCUUUGGAGGGGUUCCGUGGAGGAGGUCGUCGCUAUAGGAACAGCCUAUCAGUGUGCAGUGAGGACGCAGGCUAUGACACCCCUGAGGACAGGGGUCAGGCUCAGAGGGACGAUUGGGAGCUCAAUGGGUACAAUCUCACAGAGGACAAAGCCAGGCCUGGAGCAGAGGAAGCAAAGACUCCAGAUGGACCAGCAAAACUUUCUCUCCCGUAUAAGGUGCUCAAAGCACUGGAUUCUGAGAUGUACCGAAAUGUAGAGUUCGAUGUAUGGCAUGACAGUCGCAAAGAAAUGCAGAAGACUGAUUACAUGGUGUUUGCUGGAAGACAGUACUUCUUGGGAGAUAAGUGUCAGGUUCGUCUCGACCCCAAAGGGAAGUAUUACAAUGCCUUCAUUCAGGAGGUGGGCACUCACCCCAGUGCUGUGACAGUGUUCAUCGAAGAGCUUGGAGAAAAACAUCUUGUGUCUCUGACUAACUUGAAGCCUGUGAACCCUGUCCCUGCCUGGAACAUCACCCCAAGCCGCAAGGGACCAUCAUACAGCAGGCCUGAGCAGUAUCCUGGAGAGAUGGACUCCGAGGUGAGAGGCCGGCGGCGCUUCUUUAAGAAGCCCAGAGGGAAGGAGAUGCUGAUGGUGACUUACAAUCGAUCCCAGCCUCCCCGCUUUCGGCCAGGCCCUGGCGGCAUACCCCCUGGGCGUGCCCCUGGCAUGUAUGCCCCCGCACCACCACCAGGGACACUGCCCUAUGAACAGUAUCACCCACAUCCUCCACCUAGGCCCCCGCGAGGAUAUGGCCCACCCAGGCAUCACUUUAUUGGGCCAGAGGCAGCAUACUACCCUCACCCAGGAAAACGCUGCUACCAGAGCUUCGACAACUACUCAUUCAGGUCACGCUCUUGCAGCCGAAGCAGGCGCCAGAUGCAUGCUGUCAACAAAGAGUGCCAGUUCAGCUAUGUCCCCGAGGCUGACGAGGAGGCACAGGACAUGGAAGGAACAAUCACCUUCUACGAGAUUGAGGAGGGAGAUGAGACCCCUUUCCCUCCCUUGCCGGGACAGGCUGUAGCAAACCCCAUGGUUCCAGCACCCCCUACCUACUGGAUGCAGCGGGGGCUGAGCCCCAUUCCCAUGUCUGGCAAACAGGCCAUGAACUCAUCAGAGGAGGACGCUGAUGAGAGGAGCAAUGGUGGCGACCAGGGUGAAUAUUCGGAGGAGUACAUCUAUACUGCUCAAGACCCAGGGUUCCAGAGCCCGUCUAUGUAUGCUGCGGCAGAGUCCACUGCCAACCUGACCAUUGAAGAGGGAGGAUCUCGUGCCGGCUCGCCACAAGAGGGCGUAGCUACCUACAGCUACUCACAGCAGGUACUGGAUCCCUCACCAUCCGCUUUACAGAACUGUUGUCACAUUUUGGCGGGAGAACAGGUGGUGGUGAAGUCCGCAGUUAUCACCUCUUCACAGGCUGUAAGCACAGCUCCAGCAGCUAUCUUCACCACCAACUCCUCUUCCGCUAGCAGCUCUCAGAUCCCCCCAGCACCAAUGGCUCCACCCUCAAGCCAUCCAGAGGGGGCUCCCAUGCCCCCACACACUAUGGGCAGACCAGUUUUAUCCAUGCAGUUUCCUCCUUCCUCUCCCUGGUUUGUGAAUGACAUGGGGGAAGCAGUCAGCACCUCACCCCCUCCACCAUACUCCUAUGACCCCAACGGCAAUGACCUUCCACGAGAUUGCAAGGUCAUCCAAUAUUACUUUAAUUUAGGAGUCCAAUGGUACCAGCAGAGCUACUGGCAAUCCGUGGUGCAGAUGCAGCAGGUGUAUCAGCAGCCCGCUGCCUCCCCUCCCUCUGAUCACACAGUCUCCCAGUCCUACCCAGAGCCUGGGAGAACUGGGCCUGAUGGCCAGGGAGACAUUCCUGCCAACGGCAACCCCCUGGUCAUGGACCCUCCCUCAACAGGAGCCCCAGGCAUAGUGUUCUACCCCUUGGUUCAGGACCAGUGCAGCCAACCCCCCCUCCACACCUACGAGCCUUAUGUUCCGAUGCUUUCUGCCACCUACCACUACCUCACACCCUGGAACUCAGGCCCUGCCCAACCCCGUGUGCUUGCAUCCUACUGCCCCUCCAAUCACCCAGUCAACUAUGUCACUGCACCCACACACCAAGGGCACUUUAUCCCUCCCAGCAUGUAACCAAGCACUGGGGAUGCGGGGAGGGAGUCAGGGUCCCUCUACUAUUUACCCACUCACAUUCACCCUAUGCCUGUAAAUGUUAAUUUGUGUCAAGUUUAUUCCAUUGUUCCUCUGUUGCACUUUGCUAGUCAGUGGCUGUGUCUGAAAUGGCAUCCAUAGGGCUGGUCAAAAGUAGUGCACUACGUUGGGAAUGGGGUGUAAUUUCAGACACAGCUGCGGUUCCAUCCCCACAUUGUUCA